AUGGCAGCCCCAUCUCCUUCCAACCCCCCGGAGAACUUAGUACAACAUGGUGGUAAAGAAUUCAUGGUCGUGAAAGAGGGACUCGCCCACAUUCUUUACCCGCCUUCCCAAGAGGCCGCUUCCAAAGGAACGAAGAAGGACCUGAAGGCUGGCGAUGAUGUCCAAUCCGUCUUUUAUAACCCCAUCCAGCAGUUCAAUAGAGAUCUCUCCGUGCUUGCGGUUAAAGCCUUUGGGGAGCAUGUGUUGGCUGAGAGGAAAUUGAGAUUCGAGAAGAGGAAGCGAAACCUCGCAGAAAACGGAUCAUCGCAAAGCAAAAAGCGAAAGAGGGAAGAGCAGGAUACAAAUGCACCAAAGGGCGAAGCAGACGAGGUCAGAACUGAGCCUGCCAGUGAACGGGUGCCAGUGGAACAGCAAACUACCCCAUCUUUCACUAUCCUAGAUGCUCUCUCCGCUACAGGUCUGCGUGCAUUGCGGUAUGCUCACGAGGUCCCAUUCGCUACUAGCAUCGUCGCCAACGAUCUGUCGCCUUCAGCUAUAGAGUCGAUGAAGACAAAUAUUGAAUAUAAUCAGCUAGGAAAUCUCGUUCGGCCUAAUGUUGGUGAUGCCCGCGCUUACAUGUAUAGCGUUCUAAACGCACCACAGAAAUCGACUAGCGACGGACCUCGUGUUGGAAAAUUCGAUGCCAUUGACCUAGACCCCUAUGGCACGGCGGCACCAUUCAUGGACGCUGCGGUGCAGGCAGUGAAGGAAGGUGGCCUUUUAUGCAUCACUUGUACUGAUGCGGCGGUUUGGGCUUCGAAUGGCUAUCCAGAAAAAGCGUUUGCUUUAUACGGUGGUAUUCCUGUAAAAGGCAUUUAUUCCCACGAGGUGGGUUUGCGCCUCAUUUUACAUGCGCUUGCGACAUCUGCUGCCAAAUAUGGGUUAGCAAUCGAACCUUUACUGUCUCUAUCAAUUGACUUUUACGCACGAGUCUUUGUCCGCAUCCAUAGAUCACCAGCGGAGGUGAAAUUCAUCUCAGGAAACACGAUCUUAGUGUACAAUUGUGAUCAAGGCUGUGGUGCCUGGUCGACGCAGCCUUUAACACAAACUCGGCAGAAAUUAGACAAAAAGGGGAAUCCUUUCUAUGGAUAUUCACUUGCACAGGGGCCUGUAUCAGGCCCAAAUUGCGAUCAUUGCGGCUUCAAAACGCAUAUUGGAGGACCGAUGUGGGGUGGACCACUUCACAACCCGCAUUUCAUCCAAAAGAUUUUGGACAUGCUACCUGGAGCAGACAGGGAUGUAUACAAGACUGUCGAUCGAAUAGAGGGCAUGCUGACUACUGCACUUGAGGAGGAUCUGGAUCUCGCCGCUUCCACGAAGGAGCCAACGGCAUUGCACUCAGGCUCAACUGAAGAGGCGAGAUCCCCUGAACAACUUGCCAUUAUUCCUCGUGCUGAUCCAGCUGUCCGGGAGAACUAUCCCUUCUACUUCAGUCUGAGUGCUCUUGCCAAGAUUCUCCACGCUCAGACAAUGCAAAUUGAUGCGUUCCGGGGAGCUCUUCGUCACCUUGGCUAUCGCUCUACACGCAGCCAUGCCAAGCCUAAUACAAUCCGAACAGAUGCUCCUUGGGAUGUCAUUUGGGAAAUCAUGCGGGAAUGGGUAAGGCAAAAGGCUCCCGUGAAGGACGGUUCCAUCCGCCCAGGGACUGUAGGUGCUGCCAUAAUGGCAAAAAGCCGGGAGAAUCUCAAGAAGACGAACGAAGAGAAUCAGUUGCUGUCCCUGCUAAAGACAGAUAUAAUGACUGCUGUCGAGACUGGAAAGGAUGUUAGUGACUUGGUGACUAAGGUCGAGGCUGCCCUAUACCGCUCUGGUUCAAGACAGAUUUCAAGGAUGGAUUCAUCUGAGAUCCCUGAUGUCAGCCAUAACAAGGGUGAGCUACUAAGCACCGCUCCGGAUUCAGAGCAACCUCGAAAUCGGAAGACUACGUCCUCGGAAAAGCCCCAUCCCAGCACUCUCGACAUCAUAUUCGACGAGGCGCUAGGAAGGGAGGUGUCGGCCGCUAACACAAAAAAACGUCUUGUUCGGUAUCAGAUGAACCCUAGGGCGAACUGGGGACCAUUGAAUCGCGCGACUGGAAAUGUGAAAAAGGUAGAUGAAAAGCCCUAA